GCCCACUCGGUCAAUGUCUUUAAACUCAAGGUUGAGCCAAGCCAGGGGCAUUUUGUCAUUGUUUUUACCUGUUGGUCAACUUACAACUGAGGUCCUGUGCACACUUUUGAGGUUAUUUUUUAUAAUUCUUUCCCUUGUGAUUUAUGGACGUCUACAGCUGAGGAUCAAGAUCACAUAAACAUAUAUUAACAUCCAGUGUAUCCUAUCAACUCAAGCUGCACUGAAGAAUCUUAAAAAUGGAGCAAAUUGCAGACCUGAGACAUUCAUCUACAGCAUCUACAUCACCCUCGAUGGCUCAUCCAGCUGAGUCCUACCAACAGGGGAACAUGAGGAUGAAACUGGAAUAUUCAGAGCUCUGGAAAUCCUUUCAUGACAUCGGGACUGAAAUGGUCAUCACUAAAUCUGGAAGGAGGAUGUUUCCAUAUUGUAACGUAAGUGUGUCUGGUCUUGUGCCCUACGCCAAGUACGUCAUCAUGGUGGACAUGGUCCCGGUGGACAAUUCCAGGUACAAGUGGAAUAAUGAGCAGUGGGAGGUGGCGGGAAAAGCGGAGCCGCAGCCUCCGUGUAGAACGUACGUCCAUCCAGAUUCUCCUGCUUUGGGUAGCCAUUGGAUGAAGCAGCCCAUUUCUUUUCUCAAGCUGAAGCUCACCAACAACCCACUGGACCAGAGAGGCCAUAUCAUUCUGCAUUCGAUGCACCGCUACCAGCCUCGCUUCCAUGUGGUGCAGGCUGACGACCUUUAUAGCGUGCGAUGGAGCGUCUUCCAGACCUUCAUAUUCCCUGAAACCACCUUCACCGCAGUCACGGUCUACCAGAACACCAAGAUCACCAAGCUGAAGAUAGACCACAACCCCUUCGCAAAGGGCUUCAGAGAAGAAGGAACCCAUGGCAAAAGGCACAGAGCUCAGAAAAGUCAACUGUGUUCAGAGAGUUCAGCGAAGAAACUAAAGUCUUCAGACAAGGAGCCAGAGUUCAGAUGUUUCCAAGAUGUGCCAAGGCUUCCAUAUGACCCUCACAGAGAGGAUUCAGAAAGCCUGAUGCUUUCCAAAGAAGUGCCCAUGGCCCAGGAUGAGCACAUGUCCCCAUGGGGAGGAGAGCAGGACCCCAGCCAAAGUCUUCACAGUGAGGGAGCUAUGGAUUACACAAACUCAGAGCAGCUUGUUCCAGGACAGGCCAACUACCAACCGCACAGAACUCAGGAGUUUGGAAGGAUGUCCUCACCCUCCUGCACAGAUGCCCAAACUGACUGCCACGGUUUUGAGUCCAGAUCUACCGACAUGGCCACCGUUCCCGAGCAGGAGCUCUCAAGACCUCUGCCAUCCAUGAGUUCUUCUCAGAGUAAAGCGCUGGACUUCUCCAUGACCACCAACAUCGGAGGGUGCUCCAAAGCCAGGCCAGGAAUGCCUCUGUACAGUCAUUAUAACAUGGAGCAGCCUUUAAGCCACUGGAGUGGAGCUUUAGCAGGCCAGUACUCGAGCUCCACCUACCCUCAGCCACACCCACAUCCACACCCACAUCACCUGAUGUCAGAGCACAGCAUCCAUCCCUCCGGAUAUCACCACAGCAACAUGGCAGAAUGGAGUCAGUACUCUCUGUUCUCCUACUCUUCCUGAGGAGCAGGCCAGAAAAUGAAAAGACUACACCAUCAGAAAAAUCUAAAAAAGGAAUAGAUGGAGAGAAACCUUUUCUUUUCAUGCUUGAUUCAGACACUGAAAACAGACCAACUAAUACAUCACAGUAUAAACGACUGGUUUAAACAGACUGAAGCAAACCAUAUAAUGUGGCUGUGUGUGAUUUAAAAUGAUCUUACACUUGUUUAUGACUUAAUUAAGAUAAAUUUGUAGUUGAAUUAUUUGCCCCGUGUAUCUGAAUGGAAAUAUUAUACAUUGAACAAGGCGCAGUAGACAAAUUAUUAAUCUUAAUACUGCUAUACUGCUAUUGUUUCUGCUAUAUUUUAUAGGGUGAAUAAUUAAAUUACUUUAUCGGAUCUUAUGAGACACUUUUUUUUUUUUUUUUUGUCUUUGG